ACACUCUAGAACCUUUCUCAUCAAGCUCAUCGUCCUCAUAUAAACCCUAAUUUCCCUCACACUCUCUGUAAUCAUCCAAAUCAAAAUCAAAAUCAAAUCUUUCAACAAUCCACAACCGCACACCGUCACAAACCACCACUAACACAUGGCCGAUGAAGCCAAAGCCAAAGGCAACGCCGCCUUCUCCGCCGGAAACUUCACAGACGCCAUCAAACACUUCACUGACGCCAUCAAUUUAGCCCCAAGCAACCACGUGUUAUACUCUAACCGCUCCGCCGCAUACGCAUCUCUAAAUCAGUAUUCCGACGCACUUUCCGAUGCUAAAAAAACCGUCGAUCUGAAGCCGGAUUGGGCGAAAGGCUACUCACGGCUCGGCGCGGCUUACCACGGGUUAAAACAGUACGACGACGCCGUUUCGGCGUAUAAGAAAGGUCUAGAAGUUGAUCCGAAUAAUGAGACGUUGAAAUCUGGACUGGCGGAUGCUGAGUCAGCUCAGUCGGCGAGUUAUAGGUCACGUGAGGCACGGGAGUCACGUGCGCCGAUGAAUAAUUUGUUUGGUGAUGCGUUUGGGCCGGAUAUGUGGGCGAAGCUUACGGCUGAUCCGGCUACGAGACUGUAUAUGCAGCAGCCGGAUUUUGUUAAUAAGAUGAAGGAGCUGCAACGGAACCCUAGCGGAUUGAAUUUGUAUUUGCAGGAUCAGAGAGUUAUGCAGGCGUUGACUGUGCUGUUGAAUGUGAAAAUACAGGCGAAUGGUUCGGGUCCUUCUGGAGAUGAUAUGGAGAUGCCGGGUUCGCCUCCGAGGCCUGCGGAUGAAGCGGUGAAGGAGAAGGAGGCGGUGAAGGAACCGGAACCUGAACCGGAACCGAUGGAGGUGUCUGGGGAGGAGAGGGAGGUUAAGGAGAGGAAAGCGCAGGCACAGAAGGAGAAGGAGGCGGGGAAUGCUGCGUACAAGAAGAAGGAUUUUGAAACUGCGAUUGCGUGUUAUACGAAGGCGGUUGAGUUGGAUGAUGGGGAUAUUUCGUUUCUUACGAAUAGAGCUGCGGUGUAUUUGGAGAUGGGGAAGUAUGAUGAAUGCAUAAAGGACUGUGAAAAAGCUGUAGAGAGAGGAAGAGAGCUUCGUUCAGAUUAUAAGAUGGUUGCAAGAGCUUUAACAAGAAAAGGAACUGCUUUGGUUAAAAUGGCGAAAACGUCUAAAGACUAUGAACCUGCAAUUGAGACUUUCCAAAAAGCCCUUACAGAGCAUCGCAACCCAGACACCUUGAAAAAGCUCAAUGAGGCAGAGAGAGCAAAGAAGGAACUGGAACAACAAGAAUAUUAUGACCCUGAACUUGCUGAAAAAGAACGUGAAAAAGGAAACGAAUGCUUCAAAGAGCAAAAAUACCCUGAUGCUAUUAAGCACUACACAGAAGCUUUGCGAAGAAAUCCCAAAGAUGCAAAGGCAUACAGUAAUAGAGCCGCGUGCUACACGAAACUUGGGGCAAUGCCAGAAGGUUUGAAGGAUGCAGAGAAAUGCAUAGAGAUUGAUCCAAAAUUCUCGAAAGGGUACACUAGAAAAGGUGCAAUCCAGUUCUUCAUGAAAGAACAUGAUAAAGCUCUAGAGACGUACCAAGAGGGAUUAAAACACGAUCCUCAAAACCCCGAGUUGCUAGAGGGUGUAAGGAGCUGCGUUCAACAGAUUAACCGAGCCAGCCGUGGGGAUUUGACACCUGAUGAGCUUAAAGAGAGACAGGCGAAGGCUAUGCAAGAUCCAGAAAUUCAGAAUAUUCUUACGGAUCCUGUUAUGGCGCAAGUUUUGAAAGACCUUCAAGAGAACCCGAAGGCGGCACAGGAUCACAUGAAGAAUCCUUCAGUAAUGAACAAGAUUCAGAAGCUGAUCAGCGCUGGGAUUGUGCAGAUGAGAUGAUGCUUUUCAUAGUUUUGGGUUUGGUUAAUUUUUUUGGGGAUAAACGCAUUGUUUGGGCAUGGGUAUUUAAGUUAAUCAUGAUUAAAACUGAUGUAAGUUGUGCAAACUUGAUGGAUAAUGAUUUUGGUUUUUGUACUUUUGAAUUUAAUCUCAAUGUGUUUUGUUUCACCGUUCUUUAA